GUGGGCGAGAGAAAAAAGGGGAAGAUUUACUUUCUCUCUGAUCUAACACUGCAAAGGAGAGGCAGAUGAAGCCAAGAAAUGGCAUUUGUUUAUGUGACGACCCCCCUCCUCUUCCAAUCCAAACUCCUCUGCCUCUCUCUCCUCUACCUGCUCGCCACCCUCCCCCUCGCUCUCUACGUCUCCUUCUCCAAGUCCACCUGCCUCUUCCGAUCCCCAACGCCCUUCCCGACCUCCCGUCGCUUCUCCUACCCGCCAUCGUACUCCGAGCACAAGUACUCCCUCCCCACCGCCCACUCCGAUUGCUCCUCCUCUGUUCCCUUCUCUGAUUACGGCGAGGUUCUGGACGAGAUCCGCGAUCGCUGCCGGAAUUCGACGUCCUCCCCUGUUCUGAGAUAUCUGGAGGGAAAAGGCGACAGCUUUUCCGGCAACUUCUCUGCCCAGAAGAGGAAGUCUUUCUUCCGUCACAGACAUGGCGAUCAGGUGGCGAUCCCGUGCGGAUUCUUGCAGGAAUUCCCAGUUAAGGAAUCUGAUAGGUUGGCCAUGGAGAAAUGUGACGGAGUGGUGGUCGUAUCCGCAAUCAUGGGCGACCACGAUAAAGUCCGGCAGCCAAGAGGCUUGGGAUCUCACACGCUCGCAUCGGUUUGCUUCUUCAUGUUCAUCGAUCAUGCCACCCGCAAAGUCCUCGUCGCCCACGACAUCCUCUCCGACAAGGAAGGGGAAGUGAACAUGAUCGGAGUGUGGAGGAUCGUGACACUCCGCGGUGGCCGAUUGCCCUACGACAGCCCGGCGAUGAACGGAGUGAUCCCCAAGCAUCUGGUGCACCGUCUCUUCCCCAAUUCCAAAUUCAGCGUGUGGCUCGACGCCAAGGUGCAGCUGACGGUGGAUCCUCUGCUUCUGAUCCACUCCCUCCUCGUAUUACCAGAUGCGGACACAGCGAUCCCGAAGCACCCGUUUAACACACACACCAUGGAGGAGGCCGUCGCGACUGCGAGGUGGAAGAAAUGGGCGGACGUCGAGUCGCUGAGGGUGCAAAUGGAGACAUACUGCGAGAAUGGGCUGCAGCCAUGGUCGACCAGCAAGCUUCCUUACGAAACAGGUGAUCACUCUGCCGUGAUUGCUUCUCAAUCAACAAAGAAACCGUGCACUAUCUCCCUUUCCUUUUUCAGAUGUUCCGGAUUCUGCACUGAUACUAAGGAGGCAUGGAUUGAGGAGCAACCUCUUCUCCUGCCUCCUCUUCAACGAGCUAGGAGCAUUCAACUACCGAGACCAACUCGCCUUCGCCUACGUUCGGGAUCUCAUGGUGCCCAAGAUCAAGAUCAACAUGUUCGAAUUCGAGGUCUUCGAGCACGUGACCGUGGAAUACAGGCACAACCUCAGGCCCGAAGGCAGCCAACGGUCCGUCAAGAUGGCUUCCUCGCGAGACGUCAAGGGCAGCAGCUGCGAUGACUACCUCUUAAAGAUGUCGCAGAUUAAAGUCAAUGCCCGCAGCAGUACGACAUUGAGGGACAGAUAAACUUGAGACUUUGCAGUGGCCGGGAAGGGUUGUGUUUGGCAUCUGGGGAAGGAGAUAUUGGUGUGCACUGCACCAGUUGAAUCUACUAGUUACAUUAUUUCAGAUUUUUUUUUGUUUUUUGUUUUUUUGGUUGUAGUGAGGCACAACACAUAAACUUGAGACUUUGCAGUGGCCGGGAAGGGCUGUAUUUGGCGUCUGGGGACGGAGAUAUUGGUGUGAACUGCACCAGUUGAAUCUACUAAUUACAUUAUUUUUUUUUUUUGUUUCGUAAUGAUGCAACAAUAGAAUAGAUGAGGUGAACCACAUGGUGCUCGUGCUUUUGCCAGAGUUUG